UUCUUGACAGCCAAAAAAGGGCGAGGACCUCGAGUUUAUUUGCAGAAGACGGACAGCAGAAUAUUUGUCGCAGAAUAUAGUGUCGGAAACCCUGAGUCGGUGUCGCAUCGAGUGGCCUGCUGGUUCCUGUCACAAUUCGGUCUAGUCCGAGACCGCUAGAAGUGUGUUGUGGCGAAUCGUGCCGAUAAGCAGGGCGGAGGACGGAUCGAGGAAGUGGCAGGAGCCGAGAUAAGAAAAGAAGGCGUCUACGCUGAUCUAAAGCAUCUAGGGUUGGCAUCAUGACGGAACAGCAGCUGGACUGCGCCCUCGACCUGAUGCGGCGGCUGCCGCCUCAGCAGAUUGAGAAGAACCUGAGCGACCUGAUUGACCUGGUGCCAAGCCUGUGCGAAGAUCUGCUGUCGUCGGUCGACCAGCCACUCAAAAUCGCACAAGACCGCGAGUCAGGACGAGACUACCUGCUGUGCGACUACAACAGAGAUGGUGACUCAUACAGAUCGCCGUGGAGCAACACCUACGAUCCACCUCUUGAAGAUGGAUCCAUGCCCUCAGAGACCCUGAGGAAGCUUGAAAUUGAUGCCAAUCAUGCAUUUGACCAGUAUCGAGACAUGUAUUUUGAGGGCGGAGUGUCUUCCGUCUAUUUGUGGGAUUUGGACCACGGUUUUGCUGGAGUGAUUCUUAUAAAGAAAGCUGGAGAUGGAUCCAAGAAAAUUAAAGGGUGCUGGGACUCGAUACACGUAUUCGAAGUCCAGGAGAAGCCUGGAGGCCGUUCGGCGCACUACAAACUUACUUCCACUGCCAUGCUCUGGUUGCAAACCAACAAACAAGGAUCUGGCACAAUGAAUCUGGGGGGAAGUCUAACUCGUCAGGUUGCUCAAGAUGCCACUGUGAGCGAAGCGUCGCCUCACAUUGCCAACAUAGGACGCAUGGUCGAAGACAUGGAGAACAAAAUAAGAAAUACCCUGAACGAAAUUUACUUUGGCAAGACCAAGGACAUUGUCAACGGCCUGCGCUCGGUUCAACCACUCUCGGAGCAGCGCCAGCAGAACGCACUGCGCCAGGAACUAGCAGACGUUAUCAAAUCGCGCCAAGUCAAAGGAGAGUAACUAACCGGUUAAUCCUCAUGUUUACUUCAAAAAUUGCAUAAAGUUGUUUUCAUUUUUAAUUUGUCCUCCGCUUGGCCUUUUCGAAUUGUACAUGGCAAUAUUGGAUGCACUGACUGACGACAACUUCCUUGUUACGUUAAUACGAAAGAAAGAAUACACGCCCUCCUUUUUGUACGGUUUGAUAAAUUUCAAGUUUAGAAUAAGCUGACCAUUCGUUAAAAAAAUCUUGAAAUUUUUAAAUCUGAUGUUGCCUUCGUUGACCUCUCUCUUCGAGCGCAUGUACAGCUGGUUCAUUGGUGGUGGUAAUCAAAACAGUAUUGUGCAAAACCUUUCCAUGCCUUCAGUUAGGAGUGCGUUAAUCCACUAUUGUUUACGUUUGUAAGUUGAUAAUUAUACUUUAUAAAAAUCUGGCGAGGAUGUAAUGUUACAGCCAACGACAGUGUAACACUCUGUUCCAGAGCUAACAAUAAAGAUGAAUUUUUAUUACCAAACCUUUCCAUUUAAUUCAUCAAUGA